UGCGCAAAGAUGGCUGAUAAACCCAACCCUUUCCUCGACGAGGCUAAUAAAAAUCCCCCUCCUUCCUACGAACCUCGCGGCGCUAUUCAUGGGCAUGGUAAUAGCGAAAAGUAUAAAGCUUUGACAGGCGAGGAGGAGGCGGACGUUACAGCUGCCGCCGCUGUAAAUCCUGGCAUCGAAACUUCGGAUCCUAAGAAAAUGAUUUAUUCAGGAUCGGGAAUACUAAUAAACAAGAGGCCAAGUCAAAAGAGAUUAAUAUUUAGGUUUUGCACACUUUUGACAAGCUUUGGGGCACUUAUGUGCAUGGCGGGAGCCCCCUUGUAUUCAAAAAAAUCUUCGCCACCCAGCGGUGCAAACGAGGCCGCUAUUGUAUUCACCUACAUUGUAUCCAGUGUAUCAACAAUUGUGUCAUUAUUCUUUGUUGUGCUCUAUUUUAUGCGCCUUCUGAAGGAUGCCAACAAAGUGUCAAGAUGGAUAUUGCACGGAAUUGAUUUGGUGUUGGUGGUGAGUUAUGGCUGCUUGAUGGUUUACCUUAUCAAAGGAUUUUCAUGCAAACCCGGCACUGAGGAUGGAUGGUGCGACUUCUAUAAUUUCAGUAUAUUCUUUACCGUAUUGUGUUUCUUGCUUUACGUAGUUUCGUUCUUCUGGGAUCUUGCUGGAACAUUUAAAAUUGUGAAAAAGUAG